AUGGAUGAUGACUCUAUCCGCAACCGUGCGGCUCUAGUUCAACUCCAUACUGAAUACCAAAAUAUCAUUCAGGCAGGUCAUGAACAAAGCCUUACCAGAAGAGGAAGGGGUUAUGCAUCCCUAAUAAUCGAUAAUUUACUUGAAGAGAUCCACCAUGAUUGGGCCUCAAGUGAUGAACAACAGAGAUCAAAGCUACGUGCCCUGUUUCACAACCGGAAACGGUUUGGAAAACGAUGGACAUUACUUACACAACACUUGGGUUCUGGAAUACUGUUUCUUUGCUCACAUAAACUAGAAAGUAUGGUUAAGGACACAGCUGUCACUGUUCAAUGUCUUGGACAGGUUAGCAACUCCAUUGCCAACUCUUCUCAGGAUAUUAUUAAACUCCUUCACCUACUUGACCCCCUUGCAAACAGCUUGGUUCAAAACAAUAAUUACUGUAGACACAACAUAAACAUAAUCCUUGACUAUCUUCAGAAAGGUCAAAGAAACAGUGGUUCUGAGGAUCUCCAUUCUUGA